GCACUUCCCUUGCGUCACGGCUGUCAAGUGUCAUUUAAGUGUCAUGUUUAUAGAUGUUCGAAGUUCGCUUAAGUCCUACAAAUCUAAUUAAACAUUUACAAAAACCAAGAAUGAUAAUUGAUAAUAGAUAGUGAAGUGUUGUCAGUGCUAUGAAUUCGACAGGAAACGUGCUACAGCCCACCCAUGGGGGCUUGCAUUGCAGCAAAGAUGCCCUAACUGACGUUUUCGGCUGGUUUCUGCAAGUCUUACUGGCCUGUUUAGCCUUCACCUGCCUCAUAGCUAAAAGGUUCUGUGAGCCAAGGAGCGAGCGGCGUUCUUGGUUGAUUUGGUUCUAUGACACUUCAAAGCAAGGUAUGGGGGCUAUGGCCAUUCACCUGGCCAACGUAUGGCUCGCGGGGCAGUACCAAGGCGAUCCGUGCACCUGGUACUUGAUCAAUUUCCUCCUGGACUCCUCCUUGGGGCUGCUUAUUAUUUUCGUAGGGAUUCGUUUAAGUCAAUAUUUAUCGAGAAAGAAAGGCUGGGAAGCGAUUAAUUUUGGGGAGUAUGGGAAGCCGCCUUCGGCAAAUGCGUGGAUGGCGCAGUGUUGUCUUUACGUGGGCCUUAUGGCCAUUGUUAAAGUGUCAAUAACGUUGUUUAUGCAGCUUGAUUUUUGGGAUGGCGUUAAAGAUUUUAUUUUAUCGCCUAUUAAUAAUCCCAAGGUGGAGCUGGCGUUUGUUAUGCUCAUCAUACCGUUUUUCGUAAACAUGUUGAUGUUUUGGGUCACUGAUAACUUUCUCAUGCAUAAAAGUCACAGCAAAAGGCAAGCGAGAAGGACGAGCGCUGAAAACUCACUUUUGGCGCGCACCAAAGUCAAGUAUCGAACAAUUAAGAAAAAAAUUAGAAGACGCGACUCUGAAAGCGAUAUUCUGCUUUCAGGAGAUGAUGAAUUGUUGGAUCCUGAGUCAGUACCUAUAAAUAGACACGUGUUAACUUAAUAUGUUUAUUAUAAGCUGGUUAAAAUAAUUAAGAGACUGUCCAAAUAUCGUUUGCAAAAUCAAGUGCCUUAGUGUGGUUACUUGUGCCAAAUUAUUUUAAUCAGCGCGUUAGAAAACGGCUGUAAUUUCUCUCUCAUUAAGCUCUAAUGAUUUAAGCUAAGUUAAAUCUGGUUACCGUGAGAUUAGUGAUAUGUAGGUUACUUUAAUAGGUGCUAUUUAUGAACAAAAUAGUCAAAAGACUCUGUUUACUAGAGUAGUCAUGAUCAUGUACUGUUAAAAUCUGGGAUUGAACACCUCACAGAACCGUCCCGCUUUUAUUUAUUUGUGUUAAUUAUUCACUGACAUUCCAUAUUCUCAUUGAACAAUUUAUCUCUUGUUUUAAUCACGAACGUCAUAUGUUUACCAUAUUUAUACCAAAUAUUUAGAUAUUAAGCGUUUUUGUGUACAGAACGGAUAAUAAAUCGAUUUAUUUUCGUAA